UGGCCCCGGCUGGGGAGUCCCGCUGGCCGGGCCGCUCUAGGCUCUCCGCCCGGGGCGGCGCGGGGCGAGGGGCACGGCCCUGCGGGCCCCGGGACAAGCCCUCUCUUAGGAAUUGAGGUGAACUAUUGACCAAAAUAUUCGAGACUGCACUUUUCAUAAUAAAAUGGAGGUGAUAAAUUCAGCAGAGAUAAAUCCGAGCAAAGAUAUAAGAUCACAUUCCAGCAUAUCUCCUGUUCUUCUGGCCAGCUUAGUAGAAGAGCCAAAGAAAAAAAAGGAAGUACCUAAUCAUCUACUAGAAUCAAAAAUUUUUACAAAGCUUGAACAAAAUAAAGUUGUAAAAGCAGAACCUGGAAUAAUACAUUUUGGAAGCUACAAAAUAGGAGACUAUCAUGAACAGAUUUUGAAGCUGAUCAAUAUUUCUGAUGAUGUCAUAAAUCUUCAUAUUUUACCCCCACAAACCAAAUAUUUUGAGAUCAAGUACGUUAAAAAAAAUCGUCUUGUUCCUGGCCUGUCCCUUAAAGUGACAGUUGAAUUUUCUCCAGAUGAAUGGCGUUAUUAUUAUGAUUGUAUCCGCAUUCACUGUCAGGGAGAUGAAACUUUACUUAUUCCUCUCCAUGCCUAUCCAGUCCUAAACACUCUGGAAUUUCCUUCAUUUAUAAAUCUACCAGAUAUUCCAGUUGGAGAAAGUGAGGAUUAUGUUAUUCCUCUACAAUGCAGCUGCCCAAUAGAUUUUGAGUUUCAUGUCAUUGUGCUUCAAGCUGAUGAAUCUUUUAUUGUUCAUCCAACAUCAGGAAUAAUUCCAUCCAAUGGGAAAGCGAAUCUGACUAUUACAUUUGCACCAUUUAGAUAUGGAACUGCACGAUUAAAAUUGCAGCUGUGGGUUUCUGAGUUCAAUCCUACGCCUUAUGUAUGUACAUUCACUGCGACAUCAUCUCCUCAAUUGGCUAUGAGAUUAGACGAUUUUCAGAAAUUAAAUAAUCUCUCCAAGAAAAUUCAAAUUCCUCCUGGAAAGACACACGUAAUUGUAACUAAGAAAAAACCAACUGAAAAAGCCAAACCUCCAGAAAUUAAGGAAAUUGAAUACAGAGACUUCAAAUUUCCAGUAAAUUUUUCCAGUCAUUUUGCUGUGGCAAGCGUUUUAAACCAAGAAGAAGGAAAAUUGAAACUUAGAGAAUUAAGAAAAGUUUUUCACCGUCCUGAUGAAUCAUCCAAAACGAGACCAAUGAAAGAAGCUCUGUUUUUACAUAAAGUCAGAUGGGAUGCUGUUGAAGAAGCAGAAAACCAUCUUAAGUGGCAGAUUCAUCUUGGUAAAGAUCCCAUCACUUAUAGAUAUAAAGUACAACAUCAAGAAGAAGUGAAAAGAUUUUGGGAACAGUAUGAGGCAGCAAGAGGAGACCCUAUUUUGGAAAAGGAAUUUCAGCGCCUGAAAUCAGAAGUUAUCAAUACACGAAUCUUUCGAAAAUUAGAAAAGGAAAAACCAUUGUUAUUUCCAAAAUUUGAUCUUCUUGUUAAUAAUCCUUGGCUUAAGAAAUAUAUGAUGCAAAAGAGAUUUCAACAAGCAGCACGAAAGAUCCUGAUUCGAAAAAGACUACAGAAAAAAUUAGAUGAUUUUCAUAAAGUAGACAAGCAAAUGGUAUUAAGAAAAUUUGAAGAAGAAAGAAAGACAGAGUUUGGAUCAAAAUCCACUUGUCCAUAUGCUAUGAGUCUCGAUGAAUCUACUAUCCAUUUUCAUGUGACAAAAGAGGAAAUAUUGCCUUUUAAAUUUCCUCCUCAUUCUUCUGAUCAAAAGUCUGAUGAAUUGGCUUCUGAUGGACUUGGACUAGUGCCCAUUAAAUCAUCAGAGGUUCAAGUCAAACAAAGUCACCAGUUUCUUAACUUGCAGGUUCCUCAAGUUUAUACUACCAUGGGAUACAAACCAUAUUGUAUCCAGCAAUGCUCGUGGAAUUAUAAACCUCAAAAACUUGCUCGACAGCUAAAACAGGGAGCUUUGGAGGAGAUGAUCCCUACAGUGUUACCACAGAAAACUGAAGACAACUUAAUAUCCUAUGGAAAAUUAUCACUAUUGAAUCUGACUGCUCCUGACACUCUACUCAAGCCUCCAUUCUAUCAUCCACUCUGUAUUUUUAAUCCAAAUCCAGGAAUAUUUGCAAUGAAGCACCAGAUGACCUACUCAGAAGUAACAAUUGAUUAUCACCUCUGUACGCAUCCAAAAUAUGUAUUCACCAAAGAAUAUCAUAAAGGAUCAAAUAUUAAUAUUACACAAAAGAAAUUUCUAAAUCGAAAGAACAUCAUUCCAGGAGUAAUGAAUUGGAAAAAGUUCAGCCCAGUGGUUCUUUCAGCUAUGCCUGACACCUCUACCAUAACAUCAGUUUCUUGUCAGGAUCCCUACAAUACGGAUAUGCUUCCAAUUGACUUACCCCCAAUUCUCAAUGAAUUACAAGAAGAAGACAAGAUAGAAAUAAUUGAACAGGAGCCUGGUGAUCAACUCUCCAACAUAUUGACUCCAGAAAUGCUCAGAGCUGAAUUUAUGAUGUUAGAAAGUAAAGAUGCAAAAGAUGACAAAGACCAUCCAUUUCCUGAAAAACUUGGAACAAAGGUAUCGCAGAACGUCCAAAAUAUGCAGUCAAAAUCAAAUAAUAGAAAUCUACUUCUGGAAUAAAAAGUUUUCAAUAGGUCA